AUGGGAUUCCUCCUGAGGAAAAGAUCCUACUUCUGCCGCCAUCGUACAUCUACCCACAACUACAAUCCACAAUUCUAUCCAUACUGUGCAUUGCACGCCCGUCGUUCUUUGACUUUACCACUUUAUAUUCUAUCAAAAACAUCAUCAUCCUUGUAUUCUUCCCUGGUUAUAUAUUCCAUUCUAAUCAACCCAUCCUACCACCCAUCGACAGCACCCCAGCCCUCGUGGCAGGCGCAAAUGUUUCCGGACACUCAGGCAGAUGCUACUUGGCAAAGUCCAACGCCUCCCAAGGUACCUAUAUCCCACUUGUUUGCCUCCAUUCACGUCACGCUAACAUCUCUUUGCUCUAGAUGUCCAGGCGCCAAAGACGCAGGGCAAGCUACCAGAAGCGGCAGCUGGAACAAUUCAAAAAAUGGACACUCACAAAAGCUCAAGAUACGUAACGCGAAGAAAGAGAUUCAGCGCUUGGAGGGCCGUAAAAAAGAUCUUGUCGCUUAUUUCUUCGAUGAUCAGGGGAGGGUGCGUACCGUGGCUGAAAAGUGUGCGGAAGGAUCUGAAGAAACCGAUAAUACUGUGGAUGCUGAGAUCGCUGCAAACGGUGAUGUCGAUCAGACCGAUCGGGGUCCACAAGGUAAUGGAAUAGAGGAAGGCAAUUCUCAAGGUGCUGAGACUGUCGAAUAUUCCUUGCUUCCUCCAGAUAUCGAGCGAGAUUGA